CACCGAAGUGCAACGGAAACACAUUUUAACGGUGGAAGAGCUACCUCUAAAUGAAUUUGAGGAAAUCUUCCCACCCCUCCACCAAACUUUUACCCAGAGGGCGUCCCUGUUGGCUUUCUCCGCCCCCUUUACUGCACUUUAUUUGCAUGGUUUUUUUUUAAAGCCAAAAGUCACGCAAAAGUGGACAACAGAUUAUAGGAGAGACCAAAAAAAAACCUCAAUGGGCACCGAGAAAAGCCCCUGAAGCUAGGAAAAUUUAAAAAAAAUGCAGUUGAUUUCCGAGUGGAAGUUGAUUGUGUCUGGAGCGACUCGUCGGUUUCAAAAAGUUAAGCUUCAGCGUGAAAAAGUUGGAGAGGAAAAUUUCUUUUUUUGGCAAAACUUUCUCUUGCAGUACAUGGAUGGGAUCAAGAACCGAGCAAAGUGUCGGAGAGGUCAGCGCUUGUUCCUUGCAAGCUUGGAUUGUUUUGUGCAGUAGUUCAGUGAGUAUUUAUUAACUUGGGAGUUUGGGGGUAGAAGAAAGAAAUAGGUCAACGAUGUAUCGGGCGGGUUACAAGACGCGACCUCUGGAACAGUGGAUGUGAGAGAGAGAGCAUUAAAAAAAAGUGGGGGAAAUAACGAUGGCGGAAAAAGAUCAAGGGAGAAAAGUGUGCGUUUAUAGAAGCGUUUCAUUUAAAUAUCUGAGCGAGUGGAGACCCAAGAAUCUGGCUGAUGAGAGCCAGCAGGAGCCGAGACUUUUAGCCAGCGUUGCUGCCCAGCCCCCAAUACUCCAGGCUACUGCUGAAGUCUGCAGCCAGCAAAGCCAAGCCAGGUCUGUUGGCAAGAUUCGCUCAGUUUGCAAGCUGAUUUCUGCCAGGGUCGCCAGCCCCGAGGUGAAGAGAAGCCACCCGAUCUCGCCGUCCAUCCGCCAGCUCUCGGAGCUGUUUGUCCCCGUGGACAACAGAUCGGAGCCCGGUCUCCCAAAAGCCCGGCUCCACAGUAAGGCAGCAGAAGGGGACCCGGUGGCCCCGUCUAAGGGCAAUCGAGAAGGAGUGGGGCUGGAUCCGGCGCCGGGGGUCCGGUUAGGCUGCGGGGAAGGAGAUGAGACUCCUUGCGAUGUCUCCGCGGCGGUGAAAGUGCAAGAACCCAUGCAGGACACAGUCACCCAGGCAAGUCCCGGCCAGGUUACCAACUGGCCCAGUGUCGCCGAGAUGCUCAAACUCUUCGGAGAGAGGAGGUCACCGCGGACCGGCUCGGAUGCCCCCGAUCUCAGCAGCCCAUGCCCCUGGGAGAUAGCGCUGGACCAAAGCGACGCGGCCGCCCAGGGAGCUCAGUGUCCCUGGGCUGAGUGUGUCCAGGCAACCGCUCCCGGCUGCUGGAGUGAGACGGCCAGCCCUCGACCCCCACUGCCGCCGCCACCACCUCCACCACCACCACCACCACCCCCUCGCAGUUCCUUUCCACUCGCUCCGAGGUUGCCUUGGUCUUCCUCUGCUGCGCAUAAACAAGAGGCAAGACAGCGAUCAGAUAGCGCGCAUUCCAGGCAUAACUGCUCCAAACCACAGGCCGUCUCCAGCGCUCCUGCUCCCGGCUUAGAGGCGAGCUCCAGCGAUGAGAAGGAAGGCAGCCGAGAGCCGGCGCAGUACAGCCCGCUCAGGGUCAGCAAACUCUCCAGGUCCCUGGACAGGUCUUCGGGGAGCGAGGACGAACAGCCCGUGGUCCUCAAGGACGUCAAGAGGAGGUCGCUGAGGAAGAAGAAAGCCAGCGUGCAGGUGGGCAACAAGGAUGAGUCUGACAGCGACGGUCCUCUCGGGGUGGUGCCUCUCUCCAGGCGCGAAGGGGGUCAGGUGGAGUACUUUGGCAGCAAGGGCGAUGAAGGGUUGAAGCAGCCACAGCCAGCAACAGAGUCGGGCUCCGCACCCUGUAGCUUGGCAGCACUUCCACUUGAGAGGAAACAUUGCAUCUCAGCAGUUUGCCAGACAAGCACAGUUGAACAGAACCAUAAAAGGCCAGUUGGACUGCUUGGAGAUAGUGCAACGCCCAUCACUGUAACCCAGCCACACAGCACUUCAGGAUCACCCAUACCAAUGGUCUCCAGAGUUGCAAAAGUCAACAUCCAGUCUUUCCUUCCCAGCCCAAACAGCUCCAGGAGCAGCAGCAGGUACUCCAGCACUGAAACUUUAAAGGAGGAAGACUACUACUCUGGAUUGAGCAGGAACUUUCAAGGGAGUUUGAACAUGCACCGGUCACCGUUUUUUGGUCAUAGUGAUGAGACAGCAAAGCAUUUAAAGCCAACAGUACGUUCUCGACCCAAGUUGCCUUUUGAGAUUGUCAAGGUAAUGAGUGAGAGUCCAACAGGAAGCGUGAGUCCGCCGUAUGAAUGCAGUGUUGAUAAAUCAAAGCAGAGAAAGUCGAUGUCAAAUCCUGACAUAGCAUCAGAAACGCUGACUUUGUUUAGUUUUCUCAAAUCGGACUUUUCACGGCUCAGGAUGAGGAGGAAGGAAAAGGAGGAAUAUCCCAGCGAUGCGGUGAAUCUCUGCCGCACUCCAGGCAUUCCGUGCCAGAACACAUACCAGCUGCAUGGGCUUGCCUCUGUGGGAAGAGGCAGGGGCUCACUCCACUCUCUAAACCAGCAGCCUGGGGUGGCACGUCCCACUCUCAAGGACCUCACUGCAACUCUGCGGCGUGCCAAAUCCUUCACCUAUUCUGACAAGCCGCCACCUCGCAGGCCGGCUGCUCGCAGUGCAAUGAAACCCAGCAACUCGGAAGCCAUGCUGGCAAACAUAGGCUGCUGUGAUUCUGCUUCGGAGGGAGAGAGCCAGGGUGGAGUGAGGCAGAGGAACGAGGAUGUGCUACCCGUCGACGUGCAGGUCCAGUACAUCCAGGAAGCUGGGCAGCUCUUUGAGAAGAUCAACAUGAUGUGGGCCCAGAAAGAACCGGCCCAAGAAUUUGAUCAGAAGGACGUGGAAUGCGGAGAGCGUGAGGAGGGAGCUGAGCUGUUUCCAAAAGGUGCUGAUCUCCCGUCCGCCACAGUGGACAGAGAGCUUGUAAAUGCGGGACGGGGAGGUGGCUCUGAGGAGAACCUGUCCGGUGGGAAAUCGGCCGAUGACCUGUCGGGUCCCGAGUCCAGUAUGACGGAUGAGGGGAUUGUUACCGAGCCGGAGAAUGGGUCCUGUGGCACUUUGUACAAGGACGUUUCGAGUCACGUGUUGGAACGCAAGCCAGCCGUAACUGGGACAGGUAACAAGGAUCAAAAGGAGUUGCUCUCCGGCAAAGGACUGGCUCCUGCAAUGGCAGCAGUGAGGACUGGCUAUGAGAGUGUUGCAAUAGGUGGGGAGUUGGUGUGCAUUAAAACUGCGAUCCCAAUUACACUGGAUGCUCCUUCAACUCCCAGCUCCAUCCGACGCAGAAGGAAAUUCCCCGCUGGUGGCAACAAUGGAUCUGACUCCAGCAACGGUAGCAAUGGGGAGUCCAGCGGUGACACUUACAGAUCUUUCAGUGACCCGAUACCACAUAGAAAAUGUGCAGAAGAAAGUGAGCAUUUCUCAGUUGACAGCAACUUGCUGGGAUCACUGAACUCUGUGAAAGGCAGCAUCCUGGAGUGCUCGAACACCACCCUAUCCGAAUGCACGGGGAGCGCAGCCAGCGAUCUGUCGGUGUGCAGCGAUGGACUAAAGGACUACAGCACGGUGAUCCAGCGUAUAGUGAGGGAGCCGGGGACCAUGGACAACCUGAUUGAUGAGAAAGGUAACGGGAAGCUGGUGAAGAAGAAAUCGCUGAGUGACCCAAGUCGGAGAGGCGACUUGUCUACACCAGGCUUCAAGGGUCCAAGUGAGCCAAUAACAGAGAUGGAGCAGGCAAUCCCUGCGUCCAGCAGUGAACCGAUCCUCUCCGAGCAGCGAGAUGAAGUAGGGGACCUGGAAGAAUUCUCCAAACAGGUGAGGAAGUCCCGUUCGCAGUCUGAGCGCACCCUCCCCUUGCAGGUCAUCGAGGAACAGGAUAAAGCGAACUUGCAGAACUUCAGUUUGCACCCAAAGUUGGCCGAAGUUCUUUCUCCAAGGUCAAUGAGACGGAGCUCCAAAAAGCGCAACAACAGGGUAACGCAACAGGAGGGUAGAAAGUAUGAGAUAUGUACUGACCUGGACCAAUCUCCUCCCGCCAAAACUAGACCUUCAUCCAAGCACGUGAGGCACACAAGCGAGCCGGCCAAUUUUGUUCCCAUAGCUUCCAAAGUAAUUGCCCCAGAAACACAUUUGUCUUGUAGUCAGCCAGUUCAUGUUGCUACCCCAGAACCCACAAGACAAUCUAGGAAGCAGUUUCAGCUUGCACAGACUCCAUCCUUGGAGGAUGUCACCAAACCCUACAGUUUGAAGGGGGAACCACCCAUCAUAUCUCCUGUGGAUUUGGCCGUCUUGGCUCCCAGCACACCAACCAGCUCUGAAACCCGAGUGCCCUCUCUAUCAAAACCAAAUGAAGAAUUGACCGCAAACAUCAACAAAGCCAAGCCUCAAGUGGAUAUGAGAAAGCAUGUAAUGAUGACCCUGCUGGAUGCGGAACAGUCAUACGUGGAGUCACUCCGAACACUCACACAGGGAUACAUGAGACCUCUGAAGCAACCAGAGAAUUCAUCUAUCUGCGACCUGGCCCUUGUGGAUGAUAUGUUUUUCCAAAUUCCGGAAAUCUUGGAGCAUCACGAGAAGUUCCUGGAACAGGCUCACCAGUGUGUCCAGAACUGGCAUGAGAAGCAGAAAGUGGGUGACUUGAUGAUAGAAACAUUCUCUAAGGACGUAUUGGCCAAUUCGUACUCCGCAUACAUCGAUAACUUCCUCAAUGCCAAGGAAGCUGUGAGAUUGGCCAAGGAUGCAAAGCCUGCAUUCAUUAAGUUUUUGGAGCUAAGCAUGAGGGAAAACAAGGAAAAGCAAGCGCUGUCUGAUUUGAUGAUCAAGCCAGUGCAGAGAAUUCCCCGCUACGAACUUCUGAUAAAGGAUCUUUUGAAGCACACUCCCGAUGAUCACCCGGACCACCCCUGCCUACUGGCAGCACAGCGUUACAUUAAGUUGUUGGCCGAAAGGAUAAACAAGGGAAAGAAGAAUGCAGAGGAGGCUGAGAAAGAAGCCCGCAUCCUGCAAGAGAUAGAAUCCCAUAUCGAAGGCAUGAUGGACGUGCGUAUACAUGAAGAGCUCCUGGUUCCUCACAGGAAAUUCUUAAGGCAGGAGAUGGUGAUUGAAGUGAAAACUCCAAGCAGCAAGAAGGAACGCUCACUCUUUCUGUUCACGGAUCUUCUGAUUUGCACAACUUUGAAACGCAAGACGGGCUCUCUGCGGCGGAGUUCGAUGAGUCUAUACACAGCUGGGAGUGUGAUUGACACUGCAAGCAAGUACAAGUUCCUCUGGAAACUACCACUAGAAGUUUUGGAUAUUGUAAAAGGUUCAUCUCAAGCCACCAACCGAGAAAACGUCCAGAAAACCCUCAAUCGAUUGGAAGAAGAUUUCAGUAUCCUGAGUCAGAUUAGUACAUUGGCAGAAACACUCAGUAUUUCACAUCAGAGUCUGGAUGACGUCAUUAAGGACCUGAUGGCCUCUGUGAACCGUGAACUCACAGAGAAGCAGUCGCUGGCAGUCAACACCAUGUUCCCCCUCACUAAACUUGAACUAACGGCCACAUCCGCGGAUGGCACCGAGACAUUCAUCUUUGAGUUCAGCACUAUCGAUGCACGAGCUGGGUUUGAGCAGGCCUUCGAGGAAACCAAGAAGAAAUUAGCUUUGAACAAAGAUCAUUGGGACCCUGAAUUCCUGAAGGCCAUUCCCAUCAUGAAGACCCGGAGUGGAAUGCAGUUCUCCUGUGCAUCUCCGAGCCACGGCGGACCUGACAACGGCCAUGAAGUUUGGGUCUGCAAUAGCGACGGGUAUGUUGGCCAGGUCUGCUUGCUCAGCAUCAAACCAGUGCCCACGGUGGAAGCCUGCAUUGCGGUCUGUUCGGCAAGGAUCAUCUGCAUCGCCUCAGUGCCAGGUCUUAGUGGCACCACCAGAGACAGAUCAGAGUUGCUCCUGAGUCCUUCUUGUUUACACCCGCACCGAACCACGGCAGUGGCCAUGGAAGAGAACACAUCCCAGCAACCUCUCGUCAUCUCCAUCUCGAACUCGGCUCAGUUGCUGGGGGAGUUGACGGAGAGUGGGACGAGAAGCCUGAACCCCUUUGACAGCGAUGACACUGAAGAUGACGAAUCCUCUCCAAGCCCAUCAGGCACGUUGAGGAGUCAGGCCAGCAGGUCCACCAUCUCCUCCAGUACAGGAAAUGAAGAGAUGUUGAGCUCAAAGGAUUUUGCAACGGAAACAACGAGUUCAGAAGAGGAGGCGGAAUCUGAUUUUGUUGCCAACCCCAGCACGCUCUGUCAGACGAGGAACAGGGACAGUCCCAUGGAUGGCCGUGCCAUGAGGCGCUCCAGCCGCGGCUCAUUCACCAGAGCCAGCCUGGAGGAACUUCUGAGUAUUGAUCCUGAAGCCAACCAGAGCUCAAUGUGGCUAGGGACGGAAGAUGGCUGCAUUCAUGUGUAUCAGUCAUCUGAUAACAUCCGCAACCGUAAGAACAGCAUGAAGAUGCAGCAUUCAGCAGCAGUUAUGUGUAUCCUAUACCUCGACAACAAGGUUUUUGUCUCACUAGCCAAUGGCGAGCUGAUGGUCUAUCAAAGAGAUGCAGGAAGUUUUUGGGAUCCGCAGAACGCGCACAUGCUGUGCUUGGGAUCGCCGGGGAAUCCCGUCACCAAAAUGGUGCAGGUGGCAGGGAAGCUGUGGUGCGGCUGCCAGAACCGUAUCCUUGUCAUCAAUACAGCCACGCUUUGCCAGGAGCACAUGAUUCAGAUCGGCCAGGACAGCAACCGGUGUGUGACAAGUAUGGUGAGCUCCAGCCUAGGGGUUUGGAUUGCAAUGCAGAGCAGUGCUCAGGUCAAGCUGUACCAUGCAGGCACCUUCGAAAACCUGGCUGAGGUCGACGUUGCGCCUGCAGUCCAUAAAAUGCUCGCAGGUUCUGACGCCAUUAUUCGACAGCACAAAGCUGCCUGUUUACGGAUUACUGCCCUCCUUGCCUGUAAAGACCUUCUCUGGAUUGGGACCAGUGCUGGUGUGGUGUUAACUCUAUCCAUUCCCCAUGUCACUGCCAACACCACGUCACUCAGGAUACCUUUAACGCCCAUGGGAUCGGCUCACGGACACACGGGACAUGUUCGAUUCCUCACGUCCAUUGAGCUGCCCGAGAUCUUUGAUCUGACUUUCCAACCAGCAAGGGAGCCAGGUCGGCCCAGCACAGGUGGGGAAAGGCUAGUCGGUUCACAGAAGCGGGACUCCGCAAGACGCCGAUCGUCUGCCAUUAUUCCCUUGAAAACCAACCUGCUAGUGAUCAGCGGAGGAGACGGGUAUGAAGACUUCCGGCUUACCAACAGUAGUGAGACCGUCGGCCGAGACGAUAGCACCAACCAUCUGCUUCUGUGGCGCGUUUGAGAGGAAUGAAGCAAGUCGUUGGCUACAAGACUACUGUUAUUGUUUGUCUGCCAGUGUGCUGUGUCUAAUGCUUGGGCAUUGAGUCUCUGUGUGCAUUGUUUGUAUUUUACUGUACACAAGCAGGACCCCGAAUGAAUGAUCAGCAGUCUUAAGACGUGUCUGCGAGCUAUGAGGUGAUCCGCCCUGAAUUUUGGUUGCGAUGUUAUUUUCUUUGUCACCCAGUGUGUCGCGGAUAUGAAAUGGUAGAUGAUCACGGGUAUCUUUAUGAAUGAGCAGUGGAACGUGCAAGGAUAGUCCAUCUAUCACCAUCUCCGAUUAUUAUGACUACCCAUUAAUGAAAAAAAAAAACAUCACUGAGUUUGGAACGAAUAUGUAGCACAGUGUGUCACACGAGGUUGAGCACACACGAAGGCAGGAGAUUGUGGGAUUCACACUUUUGUACAGGACAUCUUCAUUUGUGACACGAGAUCCCAGCGUUAUCCCUUACCUUUGUUCCCAAAACUUGGCAUCAUCUUUGUAGCAGCAAUCAUGAGGAAUCCACUUCAUAGCUUCAAGGUGAUGGCACUAUGAUUAUGUUUCAAGUCACCGCCAAUUAAUAAUUUCCACUGAGACCUUCGCCUGUGGCAACCUGUAUAAAGACAGACUUGAUGGUCUGCAUGGAUAUUGUGACAGUGUUGUCGCGUUUGUUGUUUGAAAUGAAGAGGCCUUUCAGGUCAGAAGACCUCAGUCAAAUGUGUCAUAUUGAUAUGAAUCACGAAAUGGAGUGCAUCGUGGGCAUAUGUGUAUGUAUUUACACAUCUAAGACAAAUGUUCGUGAACACCAUUCUCAGUGAAUCUGUGCAUGAGAGAGAAUUAUGUUUGGACUAUUAAUCCCUUUUGGACACCACACAAAUUUCUAUGUGCUUACACUUUCAAUCAGAGGACUGAUCAACUGCAUUGUAUGUACCUCAUUGUCUACCAACAGCUACAAUGUACCGUAGAGUGAGUGAGUGAGUGUGUGCGCGUGUGUAUGUGUGUGUGUGUCUCUGUACGUGCACUUGGUUGUGUUCUACUGCCUUCUUUGUAGAAUGGAGCCAGUUUAUAUAGAAACCAGAGCGCGUGUGUAAAAUGACAAUGUGCAAUAUGUGGCCAAGACCUGGAGGACCAUCAAUUUUCAGAAACAUUUAACCAGAGAACAUUCAAACAUUUUGCAGGAAGACCGGUUUAAUUAGUGCCACAUAAAAACCUCAAUCUGCCAAAGGCCGCAAUUAUAGUCAAAGCUACCUUUUGGAAGGUAGAUCUAGAAGGUGAACUGAUAUUGGUCCUCCUGUACAGUAUUUAUGUUUAUUUUAACUUAGUUAUCUUUCACAGCACUUAAUUUAUGCAUUUAUCUUUUUUUUUAAAUAUCUCUAGAAAUUUGACAAAGUUUGUUUUACAUUUUGUGGCUUAAUCUAGUUGUUCAUUCCGCGUGGCAAGAUUUUGUUAAAGGAAGAGUUUGCUGAACUAUGUGGAUCUCGACCUUAGUUAAUGGAAUGUAUGAUAUUUCCCUGGUACUGUACUCCCAGGCCCUCGUGCACUUCAUUUCAGCUUCCCACCUUCACUAAAGCUGUAAUAAAAGUGCAGUUACCUUGCGAGAUGUUUGGUCUUAACUCAGCUCAACGCAGGAAAUUCUAGAACAAUGAAUGAUUGGGUUGAUGAAAAGUGCGUAUCCAAAACUUCACAAUCCCCCCCCCCCCCUCUUUACUGGUGAUGGCCCUUUGUGCAUUUCUGGCACUGACGGUUUUUAAUUAAUAAUGCAAAAGGACAUGCCACGAAGUCUGGUUCAUCUUAUGUCAUUGUGAGAGGACGACCUUGAGGGUCAGAGAUACUGAGAUUCCAAGGUGUCGCAAGUAGGCAAUUUGACUCCAUUGCUGAUGUCAACAUGCCUUUGGCAUUGGCCUAGAUUCCUGGCAAUCCUUUGCAGGUCUACACCACGCCAAAUACUCAUCUGAAACCUCGUCCUUCAUUGCAAUCACAUGAAAUGAAAUGGACUUCUUUGGUACUUUCCCAACACUAAAGCUUAGCGCCUGGGCUGUGAAGACAAUAAUUUAGCGUAAUAGCCGUUUAUUUAUAUUCAGUGAAUUGGAAGUGAAGCCGUUUAGAUGUGUGGUAUGUAAUUAGGCGUUUCCGAUGUUGGGUUUUCAUCCAGUAAUUAUCCCUUCAUAGAUAAAUUGCAAAAGAUUAAGGUUAAAAUUUGGAAAUGGCGACUGUGUUUUUAGUCUGAUGCUUCACAUCUGUCACCUCCAUCCCUUCCCCAAUAGCUCUUCCACUGUCACCCCACCCCUAUGCCCUCCCAUUUCUUGUCCACUGUGUUUACAAAGUACACUUAACCUGUUCUAUGUGCUGAUGAAUGGCACAAGCAUGGAGUACACCUUUAAAUGCAUGUAGCACGUUACAUGGUCCUUGUAAGUGGGGGUCCAAUAAUCAGUACAUAAUUCUUUGUGCUCAACUCCAGUCACGAUACUAUAGCUCACUUAAAGUUCGUUACUCCAAAAUCAUUUCACUGAUUAAAUGUGAUUUUUUUUUUUCCUUCGUACAAAGUUUUAAUUUUGCAUCCCAAAAAAAUAGUAUUGCCUACCAAAUGGUCUUACCUGAUUAAGAAAAGCCAAAGAUUAGAAGACGUGUACGGCACGUAAUGAAUGUUCUUUUCUCCUCUGUUUACUUUCCAAAGUUAUUUUUACAAAAACAGGUCACAGGUUUACAAAAACAGGUCAGGCAGCAAAUCACAGGUUUUCAAUAUUUAAAAUAAAUGUUUAAAGCUAAAAUACUUUUAAUGCUAAAACGGAAAAAAAAAACUUUUAGACAGUUCUUGACACCGGGAUUAACUCCACACAAACAGGGUGAGAUCACUAGGGAUUUUACAUCAUUGAAGAAUGCAGUUUAAGUGUGAGGGGAAAAUUCUUUCCUCCUCACCCUUUCCUUGGUUUCUUAUAAAUGGGUUGACAUCAAACAGUAGGAGAAUGCAUUGCAAUAAUAUUGUGGGACCCAGCAGCAUGGGAACAAGGGUUCUGGUAAUGAAUGCACCAUUUUAUACCUGAGAUAGUAAAAUUGGUUUGAUGGCCCUGUGUUACUCAAUGUAGUAAUAGCCAAAUUCUAAUCAGUACCUACAAGGAGUGUGUUCUGCUGUUUGCAGUGCAUGCAUUGAGCCCAGUUAAAUCAGUGGGCUGCCAUGUUUAAAACAAUAUUUUAUCCACUUUAGAGAGUUUCAAGAAAUUCAGUCUUUUAUACGUGCAGAUCAAACCAUUGAAGUACUGUGACUCUGACUCAUGUUGGAUUUUAGUCAGUGCUUGGUUGAUGUGCAAGAGUUGCCAAUUUUAAGACGUGUAUGCAGUGUCCAUUGGCCUAUUCAGAAUUGCAUCGUGUCCCCACCACAUUCAUGGAGCUUCGCCAU